AUGACAGCUGGCUUAGAACAAUCAAAUUUAUUUAAACCGAUUACUGUUGGUAAAAAUACACUGGAUCAAAGGGUAGCUUUUGCUCCUACAACAAGAUUCCGUGCUGCAGAUGAUCAUACUCCAAGCGACUUGAUGCUUCAAUACUAUUCGGAUAGAGCACAAGCUCCUGGUUCGUUGCUCAUUACGGAAGCCACCUUCAUUUCUCCUCGCGCUGGCUUAUACCCUAACAUUCCUGGUAUUUGGAAUGACAAACAUGUUCAAGGAUGGAAAAAGAUUACUGAUGCAGUACAUGCUAAAGGUAGUUAUAUGGCGUGUCAAUUUUGGUUCUUAGGAAGAGUUGGAUCCCCAGAGCUUUUGAAAAAGCAUGGCUUGGAUUUGAUUUCUCCUUCUGCUUUAUACCAAAGCGAAGAAUCUAAGAAGGCUGCAGAAGCUGCAGGCAAUCCUGUGAGAGCAUUGACUGAAGAAGAAAUCAAGGGCAUUAUUUAUGAAGAUUACAAGAAUGCAGCAAUUAAUGCUAUGGAAGCUGGAUUUGAUUACGUGGAAAUUCAUAGUGCUCAUGGAUACAUGCUUGAUCAAUUCCUACAGCCCGCUACGAAUCAAAGAACAGAUAACUAUGGUGGUUCUAUUGAGAAUCGUGCAAGAAUCGUGCUUGAGAUUAUUGACCUCUUGAGUGAUACAAUUGGCGCUGAAAAGCUUGCAAUCAGAUUGUCUCCUUGGAUCAAAUUCCAAGGAAUGAAAGCUGAAGAAGAUACUGUGCAUCCUAUUACAACCUUUAGUUAUGUGGUUAAUGAGCUCCAAAAACGCGCAAACGACGGUAAGCAGCUUGCUUAUCUUUCCAUUGUGGAGCCUAGGGUCCAAGCACUUUUAGAUGCAAACUGGUCUGAUAAUGUUGGUUCCAAUGACUUUAUCAAGAAAUUAUGGAAGGGGGCUAUUUUGCAAACUGGUAAUUAUACCUAUGACAGCCCAGAGUUUAAGGGUUUGAAGGCUGACGUUAAUGGUGACGACCGUACUAUGAUUGGAUUUUCGAGAUAUUUUACUUUCAAAUCCAGAUUUAAUUGA